AUGGAGAGCUACCUCCGCAGUAGUCUGAAUGCAGCCCCUCUGUCAAUGUCUGCGCAGACUGUCAUAGCAGCCCUUCGGGCCCAUCAUUCAGCAACCCUCUCCAGCUCUCAAAUGGACAGCCUAGAGAUUUCUCAGCUCAACUUCAUAUGCGAAAGAGAGAACAAGAGUCUUUGCCCCCCUUCUCAGGAACCGAAAUGGAGCGAAGACUUAAGUGUGUUGAGACAAGAAGUAUCUAAGCAUUUCAAACUGAAGAAUGUAAUUUGUAAUGAGAGAUUUGCACUCUACAAUGCUGGUGAUGAUUGCAUAAUGCACGCUGAACAGUGUAAUAAGCCAGUAGCACAGGGAGAUGUUUCACCGCUACAUGGCUUUACAAGCAAAUGUAGCCCCCAGGCUAAACCAGGUAUUUUGACAGAACCAGAGAAACAUAAACUGAAGAAGAGGUGGAUUCAACCACCAAGCCCAAUGGUUUAUCAACAUGAGUCACCCCCAGUGAAAAAGAGCUUUGGACAGCUUGGACUGUCCAUUAACAGCUGUCAUGAGGCAUCAGGGGAAGAAGACCGAUGUUGGAUGGACAAUGUGGACAAGCAGAGGAGAAAUGGACAGAUAUUCUCAUUUUGGAACUCAAGAUCAAAUUCAGAACAUGACUUGAUGAGUCAUGGGUUGACAGAGAGAGAUGACAAUGAAUCUUCUUGUGAAGGUAUCUCAAAAGAGGCCAAAUGUCACCAUAACCGGAAGGGUAAUGUAGCUGAAGUGUAUCCCAUUAGUCUUAGAUCUAAUGUAGAGGAACCAAAAUCCAAGUUAGAAUGUCUGGAAACCAGCUUUUCCUGCCAAGAUAGCAGGAAUUUGGAAAGCUGUCCACAUGCCCAAAGAUGUGGCAGCAUCACAGUCUCAAACACAGACUCGUUAGCCAUCAUUUCCCUUGAGCGUGACCUGGACACAUCUGGUUGGACAGUUAAAUCACUGAGCUCGGAGAUGGUGAAAGAACACAGUGGAUCAGCGAGGAGAGAGUUUAUCGAGAGCAGAACUAGUUUUCCCCAACUGGAGGAGGAUGCAGUUCAGUUGCCUGUCGGAGAGAGAAGUGGUGAGCUGGAGCCCAUAGUGCCACUCAUCACUGAAGGUCUGCACCACAGCAUCCAGUCCCUCUCAAAGGCUGGUAAGGUGAUCUCAAGGAAGGGCAUGUUAACCUGUUCAAAGCAUUUCAGGAAAUGGGAACGCCCCAAAUCUUCACAGGAAGCUCUUAAGAUCACUUCAUCCCAGGAGAGGUACAGAAAGACACUCAGAACCCUGAGGUUCCCCACCACCUCCACUAGCCGCAAAACACAGCUCACCCACCAGCCAACAAAAACUCUACAGUCAGGAUUCAACAGGCAUAGACAUCACCCCAGACCCAAAAAAGAAUCAAAGAAUCAAGAGUGCAAUGAGCCAAACCACUCGAAAUCCCCUAAUAAUACUGAACCAUGUCAAUCAGGAUCCAGUACAAGCAAUCAAAUGGCUUCAGAAACAGACAGAAAGGGAGAGAUGACUGCAGGAACUUCCAUAGCUUCCUUUAGUUUGACCACUGAUUCCAGGGUGUGCGACACUGGCCGUCUCUCACAGGAAGAGAGAGAGUGUAUGUUAGAGGAGACUAGAAGAGCAAAAGCAAUAAUUGUAACCAUGGUAUACCAGGAUGGCACUAUACAGCUGGACCCAGAACAGAGGUCGUGCCCUACAGUGAGUGGACUGCUGGUUUUGCUUAAGAGGGAUAUGUACUCAGAUGGGCUGGAAGAUAGACCACCAGAGAGAGUCCUUUAUCUUAGACUAGAGCAGACACCAGCCUGGGCCCAACAAGACCAUAGACACAUGAAGGAUGUGUUUACCAGAGAGAUGCUGUUGCAGAUGGUGAGCAGCAUGAAGCCAUUUGUGUGCUUUAAAGCUAAAGACCUGCUCCGCACAGUACUGAGACACUUCAGCAAAGACCUUAGCUGGCAACAAGUGUUGGGAUGUCGGGUGAUGGAUCCUCAGAUUGCUGCGUGGUUAUUAGACCCUGCCGACUCUGCAUCUUGCUUUCAGACCCUGCUUUCCAAACACUGCACACAUCCAGUUACAGGGAGAUCACCACAACCUGUGCUUGGGCACGCCAAGGUGACACAAGUGAUCUUGAAUUUAUCUCUCCUAUACGAACUAAUGGUGGAACUGCAGAACAAGCUUCAGACUCGGGGACUGUGGCAGCUCUAUUCUGGCAUAGAACAGAAGAUGAUUCCUGUUCUGGCAGGAAUGGAGAGCUAUAAAAUGCAAGUGGACAAGGAUGCCUUGAAAAGGACUUCAGAGAUGCUGGGGUCUAAGCUAAAACAGUUGGAGCAGGAAGCUCAACGGGCUGCAGGUCAACAGUUCUUGGUGUCCAGCAGUGCUCAGCUCAGACUGAUCCUGUUUGAGAAGCUGCGUUUGCAUGAACUUUGUGAAAAUAAGAAGCUUCCCAAAACAAUAAAACAGCAGCAGUCCACAUCAGAAACAGCCCUGGUGCAGCUACAGCACCUGCAUCCACUUCCUAAGAUUAUACUGGAAUACAGACAGAUCCACAAAAUCAAGACCGCAUUCGUGGAUGGCAUUUUAUCAUGUACGAACAAGACGUUCAUUUCUUCCACAUGGAAUCAGACGAGUACCGUGAGUGGCAGAUUAUCUGCUAAACAUCCUAAUUUUCAAGCUCUUCCAAAGCAGCCACUUCAGAUCUCAAAGAAGCAGUAUGUUCACGGAAAAAAUGCUGAAAUAGUGACUGUGCACCCACGUGCCAUGUUCAUUCCACGAGAGGGUUGGACUUUUCUAUCUGCAGAUUUCUGUCAGGUGGAGUUGCGUCUCUUGGCUCACUUAUCAUCUGACCUGCAGCUGCUGAGAAUCUUUCAGAACCCUGAAGCAGAUGCCUUCACCAUGCUUGCGGCCCAGUGGAAAAGUGUGAGUGAGGACAGAGUUAGUCUGGAGGACAGAGAGCAUGCCAAGCGUAUCGUGUACUCUGUGGUUUAUGGAGCUGGAAGAGAGCGGUUGUCUGGUAUUCUGGGUGUGAGUACAGAGGAGGCCAGUCGUUUUCAGGACUCUUUCCUACAGACCUAUAGAGAAGUGCAGACCUUCAUCCAACACACCAUCCAGCACUGCCACAAACACGGUUUUGUGAAGUCCAUAAUGGGAAGGCGCCGUUCCCUACCUCAUAUUCUCUCUGCUGACUGGAGCCUUCGAAACCAGGCAGAGAGACAGGCCGUCAACUUUGUACUGCAGGGCUCGGCUGCAGAUCUGACCAAAAUGGCCAUGAUCAAAAUCUGCUCCCUAGUGUCUUCUUCCUCUUCUCUCACUGCCAGGCUGGUGGCUCAGAUCCAUGAUGAGCUGCUGUUUGAAGUGGAGGUCUCACAAGUGGACGAGUUUGCUGUAUUGGUGAAGAAGACCAUGGAAUCUGUUGGGCACAUUGAAGGUUUGGGAGUGAAUAUUUCAGUGCCCCUUAAUGUCUCACUAUCCACAGGACUGUCAUGGGGCUCCAUGCGUGAGAUGAGCCUCCCCCGCACCACUGUAGCUUCUCACUGAGUCUCUGGCUCUCGCUCUUUCUAUCUAUCCCAUCACUAUGGUAACCA